CCGAGCCCUGCAGCCAUGGCGGCGGCUGCCUACGAGCUGCUGGUGCUGGGCGGUGGGUCCGGGGGGCUGGCGGGGGCUCGGCGGGCGGCGGAGCUGGGAGCUCGGGUCGCCUUGGUGGAGCCGCACCGCUUCGGUGGUACCUGCGUCAAUGUCGGGUGUGUGCCGAAGAAGGUGAUGUGGAAUGCAGCUGUCCAUGCAGAGUUCAUCCACGACCACGCCGACUACGGCUUCGAAACGCCCAGCGUUAAGUUCAGCUGGAGGACGAUCAAGGAGAAGCGCGACGCUUACGUGAGGCGCCUGAACGACAUCUACGAGAGUAACCUGAAGAAGGCUCACAUCGACAUCAUUCGGGGCUAUGGCAAGUUCACCGCAGAUCCUGAGCCCACCAUCGAGGUGGAUGGGAAGAAGUUCACAGCUCCUCACAUCCUUAUAGCCACGGGUGGGCGACCAACUGUCCCUCCUGACAGUGAAAUUCCUGGUGCCAGCCUGGGGAUGACCAGCGAUGGCUUCUUUGAACUGGAGGAGCUGCCCAGGCACAGUGUCAUCGUGGGUGCAGGCUACAUCGCGGUGGAAGUGGCCGGGAUCCUGUCCACGCUGGGCUCCAAAUCAUCCCUGCUGAUCCGCAAGGACAAGGUCCUGAGAACCUUUGACUCCAUGAUCAGCUCCAAUUGCACCCAGGAGCUGGAGAACACUGGGGUGGACGUUUGGAGGCACUCAAAGGUCAAGAUGGUCACCAAGUCCCCUUCUGGGUUGCUGGAUGUGACAGUGACCUCCUCGGUGCCUGGCCAUAAGCCAGCAGAGGGCACGAUCCGGGAUGUCGACUGCCUGCUCUGGGCUGUGGGGAGAGAGCCCAACAGCAAGGACCUGGGCCUGGACCUGGUGGGUGUGCAGGUGGACUCCCAGGGACACGUGGUGGUGGACGAGUACCAGAACACCACCAGGAGCGGGGUCUAUGCCGUCGGGGACGUCUGUGGGCGAGCUCUCCUCACGCCAGUGGCCAUCGCGGCCGGCAGGAAGCUGGCCCACAGGCUCUUCGAGGGCAAGCAGGACUCACGGCUGGACUACCACAACAUCCCCACCGUGGUCUUCAGCCACCCACCCAUCGGCACCGUGGGCCUCACUGAAGAUGAAGCUGUGGCCAUGCACGGCAGGGAGAACGUGAAGAUCUACAGCACGUCCUUCACCCCCAUGUACUACGCUGUCACCCAAAGGAAGGUGAAGUGUGUCAUGAAGCUGGUGUGUGCUGGCAAGGAGGAGAAGGUGGUGGGACUGCACAUGCAGGGGCUGGGCUGCGAUGAAAUGCUGCAGGGCUUUGCUGUGGCCAUCAAAAUGGGGGCCACCAAGGCUGACCUGGACAACACCGUUGCCAUUCACCCCACUUCUGCCGAGGAGCUGGUGACAAUGCGCUGAGGCGGUGGGCAGAGGCAGCCCUGGGGGCAGCAGCUGCAGCUGGGCCAAACGCGUUGUGUAUGUCUUUAAAAGUGCCUUAAUGUCAGAGGGUUGCCUGGAGGAGGUCCGGGAAAGCAUCGUGGCUUGCUUUGGGGUGGGGAAUAAACACAGCGCUGCCGGCA